CUGUGUGAACCAAUGGCAGAGAAUAAUGUUGACCAAUAACAUCUCCCAGGCCAGGAAGCUGGCGGAGCAGCUCCGCAUCGAGGCGGGGAUCGAACGCAUCAAGUUAUCUAAGGCAGCAGCAGAGCUGAUGAACUACUGUGAGAUGCACGCACACAGAGAUCCUCUGCUAGUGGGAUUGCCCACCUCUGGAAACCCCUUCAAGGACAAGAAGCCCUGCAUCAUCCUAUAGCUCCUCCCCCACCCCAUCCCUGGCCUGUCAAUCACUGCCUUUGACCUCAAGACACUGUGGGAUGCUCCGUGAAACCCUAACCUCAAAGAGACUUUGAAGGAUAGAGAAGUGAUGCUAUAUACAAUACAUAUACAAUACAAUAGUCAUGAUUGUGAGCUGAAUAGGUGGAAAUCAAAUGAAUGGGAAUCAUUGGUGCUACAGAUGGUUAGGCAGAAAAAGCGUUGUUGGGACGCAUUGGAAAACAGGAACGUUACCGGAUGAUACUGCAAGAGGAGCGUUGAAACACAUAAUUGGCAGAUACAAAUGAAGGAACUACAAGCACAAGGCUGUUGGCUUUGUGUUCAUCCAAACACAUUUUCUGUCAUUCAGGAUGUAACAUUGUCUGGCUAGAGAGAGGACUCAGCUAGCACAUUUGGUUCCAUUAAAGUUUUGUUGACGCUGAGAACAGAAUGUAUGUUUUAAAAUAACAUUCUUAAAUGUUACUGUUUUCUUGGUGUUUUUUUUGGAAAGUUUUCUUCAUGUUCUGAGAACAAAAAAAGCUUUAAAUAGAAUCAUGAGGAAACCUGCAGAAAAUGUUAUGCUUAAGUACUGAAAUUCCCACAGAAGAACGUAGUUUCUUAACUUUCUUUGAACAAUUUAAGAACAAUACUUUAAAUCAGGGUUCCCCAACUGGCGGCUCAAGGCCCAAAUUUGGCCCGUGGGUGGUUUUAUUUGGCCCCCCAAGUUUUCUGAGCAAAAAUUAAUUGAAUUUUCAUUGUUGGACAAAAAAACACUAGGUAAUUAGCUCAAAGUGAUUUUAAUUUAAGAAAUCUAUUCCCAAGUAUUCCCACGCAUAAUAGAGGUUUGAAAUUAUUGUUUUAGUCAAACAUUACGUCUGAAAAAAAG